UAAAAUUGUUCAUAAAUUUGGGGAAAUUAAAAGUCAGUAUACCGCUCAGGGGUUCAAAUCUUGCUUUCCUAACGAUCUUUGAUGCGGAGUGAAUGGGCGGAGCCAAUCCAGAGCAUUAUCAAGAUGGCCACCUUCACUGAACGGAUGGCGCCUGUCCUGCUGCUCUGGCUGGCUGUGUGCCUCAGUGGGACCUGGGCUGUGGACCGGGGUAACUUCAAGACCUGUGACCAGAGUGCCUUCUGCAAGCGCCAGCGAGCGUUGAAGCCCGGCCAGUCUCCCUACCGAGCGCUGCUGGAGACCCUGGAGCUGACCAACACCAGACUCACCCUGCAGCUCAUCAAUGACAAUAACAAGGUGCGUCUGCUGCUGGAGCUCUACCGUCUCCAGGGCAACAUGACGAGGGUGAAGAUUAACGAGCUGAAGCCGCUGAAACCUCGCUACGAGGUCCCAGACGUGCUCAUCCAGGAGCCGCCUACAGAGCCCAUGUCCCUCCUGUCUCAGGAUGAGAACGGGGUGGUUCUGUCCCUGGGGGCGGAGUCUCAGAGGGUCAUAGUCAGUGCCCGACCCUUCCGAUUGGACAUCAUGGAGGGGCGCGAGGUGCUGAUGUCAGUAAACUCGCGCGGCCUGCUGGCCUUUGAGCACCUGAGGAUGCGCAAGGACACUUUCUCCUAUAAAGUAACUAGCACAGUGGCUAGCGUGUGGGAUAAUAUCAAGUGGGUAUUCUCUAGUCAAGCAGACCCAGAGGCAGAGAAGAAAGAGGAGGCUGAUCCGGCUAACCAGGCCGAGGAGGCAGUAAACGAAGAGGAAGAGAAAGUAGAAGACGGGAUGUGGGAGGAAACGUUUAAAUCGCAUUCAGACAGCAAACCUAACGGCCCGUCUGCUGUCAGUUUAGACUUCUCGUUGCCAGGAGUUGAGCACGUUUACGGCAUUCCAGAGCAUGCAGACACCCUCAAACUCAAAACCACAGAUGGGGGGGACCCAUACCGGCUCUAUAACCUGGAUGUGUUCCAGUAUGAACUGUACAACCCUAUGGCCCUGUAUGGUGCUGUCCCAGUCAUGCUAGCCCACAACGCCCAGCGGACCACCGGCAUCUUCUGGCUCAAUGCCGCUGAGACAUGGGUGGAUAUCAGCUCCAACACCGCAGGAAAGACAGUCUUUGGCAAGAUGCUGGACUAUGUGCAGGGCUCAAGUGAGACGCCACAGACAGACGUGCGCUGGAUCUCUGAGAGCGGCAUCAUUGAUGUUUUUGUUAUGCUGGGACCGAAGCCCCAAGAUGUUUUCUCCCAGUAUGCCUCGCUUACAGGCACCCAGGCCUUCCCUCCCCUUUCUGCCCUCGCCUACCAUCAGUGCCGCUGGAAUUACAACGACCAGGAGGACGUGCAGGCGGUGGACGCAGGCUUUGACCAGCAUGACAUCCCCUAUGACUUCAUUUGGCUUGACAUUGAGCACACCGACGGCAAGCGCUACUUCACGUGGGACCCGCACAAGUUUGCCACACCCAGGGACAUGCUGCAGGGCAUCAUGGACAAGAAACGCAAGAUGGUGGCUAUUGUGGAUCCUCAUAUCAAAGUGGACAGCAACUACAAGAUCCAUAAUGAAAUCCGUUCUCGGGGUUACUAUAUCAAGAAUAAAGACGGUGGAGAUUACGAGGGCUGGUGCUGGCCUGGCAAUGCAGGCUAUCCAGACUUCACCAAUCCAGAGAUGAGGGCCUGGUGGGCCAGCAUGUUUGCCUACGAUCAGUACGAGGGCUCCAUGGAGAACCUCUACACGUGGAACGACAUGAAUGAGCCGUCGGUCUUCAACGGCCCAGAGGUCACCAUGCACAAGGAUGCAGUGCAUGGUGCCUGGGAGCACCGCGACUUGCACAACCUCUAUGGCUUCUAUGUGCAAAUGGCCACAGCGGAGGGCCUGGUCCAGAGGUCGGGGGGAGUAGAGCGGCCAUUUGUCCUGACCAGGGCCUUCUUUGCUGGGUCACAGCGCUAUGGUGCCGUGUGGACAGGGGAUAAUGCUGCUGAGUGGGAUCACCUGAAGAUCUCCAUUCCCAUGUGCCUGAGCCUGGGCCUGGUGGGAGUGUCUUUCUGUGGGGCUGAUGUGGGUGGCUUCUUCAAGACUCCGAGCAGCGAGCUGCUGGUGCGGUGGUACCAGACAGGUGCCUACCAGCCGUUCUUCAGGGCUCAUGCCCACCUGGACACACCACGCCGCGAGCCCUGGCUGUUUGGACCCGAGAACACAGCGCUAAUCCGGGAAGCAGUGCGUCAACGCUACGCCCUGCUGCCCUACUGGUACCAGCUGUUCUACCACGCAUACCGCACUGGACACCCCGUCAUGAGACCGUUGUGGGUGGAGUAUCCUCAGGACACUGCUACUUUUGCCAUGGAUGACCAGUUCUUGAUUGGGAGGGACUUGUUGGUUCACCCAGUGACUGAGGAGGGAGCCAGAGGGAUCACUGCUUACCUGCCUGGUAAAGGAGAGGUUUGGUUUGAUGUCCACACCUUCCAGAAGCACAACGGGGCCCAAAACCUUUAUGUCCCUGUCACCAUGAGUUCUAUCCCUGUAUACCAGCGCGGUGGCUCCAUUAUUCCCAGGAAGAUUAGAGUUCGUAGGUCUUCCACCUGCAUGGAGCACGACCCCUACACUUUAUAUGUGGCUCUCAGUCCUCAGAGAACCGCCGAGGGUGAACUCUACAUUGAUGACGGCCACACCUUUAACUUCAACAAGAAGGAGUUCAUCCACAGGAGGCUGUCCUUUGCCAACAACGUCCUCUCUUCCAUUAAUCUGGCUCCAGAUGCCCAGUUUUCUACCCAGUCUUGGAUCGAGCGUAUCCUCAUACUGGGAGCCAGUAAGCCCAGUAAGGUUACCCUCAAGACUGCCGAUGGUCAGGAGAGCCAACUGGAGUUUGAUUUUGACGCCUCCAUGUCAGUGUUAACGCUUCGCAAGCCCGGCAUGAACGCAGGGGCGGACUGGACCGUGGUGCUUCAGUAACCAUGGAGACCAGACUGGAGGAGGAGGAGUAAGCGACUGAAUUGUACUGAACAGGAGAAGGAGAGAGAGGGACUGAGUGGAGCAGACACAAGCGCUUAUACAAGAGACAGACUCAAGCAAGACGACAAGAGAACUGGCUCAGCCACUGUGGAACAUGGAGACGAGAGAGACUGAGGACCUAAACACACACACACACACACACACACACACACACUUUAAUAGACAUGCCAUUCGCACACACGCCUCUCCAUACAUCAUUUGUAGUUUUCAUCCAUGCAUACCAAUUACUCCCUUCCUUGCCACCUACUGUAUAGACACACACACACACACAGUGUGUACACCUGUCAGCAGGACUAAGCCACAUUACAUCUAUACCAUGUCCCUCUUGUGUUCAGUCAAACUAAAAUGGUUGGUCACCUAACUGAAGGGUUACUACUAGAUUGAUAAUUUUGUCACUUUUUUUCAGUUUUGAUAAAGAAUAAGAAAAUCAAACCAUGAUGUCAUUGUAAUGAAUCUUUGGGGGUAGGAAAACAACACACAGGCACAUUGUUUGUCUUCUUUUUUUCCCUCUUUUUUUUCUUUUUUUUAAUCGUGGACUUUGUCCCCCGCCCCCUUUUCCAUCCAGAAUGUGUCAGAAGAGAGAUCACUGUGGAGAUUGUUUGUUGUUUCAAAUGAAGGUGCACACUCAAACACACAUGCUCCAGUAACUGUUGAUUCCCUCUCUCUGGCCGUGUGUAUUUGACUUGACUCUUGGGGAGAAAAAAAAAAAAAGUUCAUUCCAUUCCCCCUCUCAGCCAAGCACUUCAGUCCAUAAAGAAAUCAAUGUUUAUAACUUGUGCCACAUUUUAGGCAAGUUGCAUUCAGGGAGGCUUCGCCAACAAUCCCUUAUGUGGCUCUGCACUAACCUGUAUUGUCAUGUGCAUUUUCAACUUUCCUUGCAGCCACAAAAUGUAAAGAGAUAAUCAUAUUUGCUGCCGACCAAGGCUACUUCAUUCUUUUUUUAGUCUCUCCCUAAAUUAACCUUUGAAUUUGCGCGUGUGGAAAUGUCAUUAUGGUUACUAAAUUUCAGAAUAAAUGUUCAGGCUGUCCAACAGCAACUGCUGAAGAGAUGGGGGAUUUUUGGCGUUUCUUUUGGACAAGAUGCUGUUUGGCAACAGGAAUUGUUCAGGGGACUGAACCACUGAUGUGGAACAAUCAUCCUGUUGACAUGUUUUCUUUAUGUUCUUUUUCUGAUGUGUCCAACAUUGUUUACUUGAGUUUCUUUUGUUUUUGUUUUUGUUUUUUAUUUUUAAAUGAAUGCACUUGAAGAGUGAGAACUAAAAACCAGUUUAGAUUUUGGGUAUUAAUUAGAUAAUGGGAUAGUCCAGGAUUUCCAGUGUGUCAUUUCUAAUAUUUAAGUCAACAAGGGACGGGUCAAGCCUAAUCCUCGACCUUGAACCAUGUUUCAGCAGUGAGUAUCUACUGAAAAUCUUCUCUGACUUUUGAUCAUGUGCGUCCAUAAAAAAAUGUCUCCAAAAUGUGAACCCAGCAACUGUAAAUAUUCAAAUGAACCUCUGGAGACUCUGGAAUCCGUCUAGUCAAAACUUCUGACCUUUUAGGGGGAAUUGCUAAUGUCUAAGUUUGUCUCCUUGAUUGUUUUCAUGAUCAGGACAUACACUUUGCUGCAGGUUUUUUUGUAGGAGGUAAGCGUUUUAGUCGGUGAGAUGUCCCGAGCUGGUUGAAACUCAAGUUUAAGGAGUCUGCAGCUGUCUGAAUGGAAAGUAUUGCAGAUGUAUUUAAUGAGACCAAGUGAAAAUAAACUUGACCAAAUGUAAGAAAGAAGCUACCUUUGUUUUGAUUGAAUGAAAUCAAAUUGGGUGUUAAUAAAGUGUUCAUUCUCACUAGAA